AGAGAGAGACAUGGCGACGUACCGGCCAGGCAGCAACACUCUCCUCGCCGACGACUCGAUCAUGGAGUACGUGCUGGAGACGACGGUGUACCCGCGGGAGCACGAGCGCGUGCGCGAGCUCCGCCUCAUCACACAGCAGCAUCCCAAGUCUUUCAUGGGAUCGUCCCCGGACCAGAUGCAGUUCUUCUCCGUCCUGCUCAAGAUGAUCGGCGCCAGGAACACCAUCGAGGUCGGCGUCUUCACCGGCUACUCGCUGCUCUCCACCGCUCUCGCCCUCCCCGCCGAUGGCAAGGUGUUUGCCAUCGACGUGAACCGGGAGUACUACGAGCUGGGCCGGCCGGUGAUCGAGAAGGCCGGCGUGGCGCACAAGGUGGACUUCCGCGUGGGCGACGGCCUCGCCGUGCUCGACGGGGUUUUGGCCGAGGACGGCGGCGCCAAGGCCGGCACGUUCGACUUCCACUAG